CUCCAGGACACAGUCAAGUGCGCUAACGUCCAAGCCAACGGCGGCUCAUGCACCUAUCCCGCAUGCAACUGCGCCGAGCCACCGAAGAGCAAGUUAGCCCAUGGCGAUUGCGUUGCAUAUAAGGAAGUCGGAAAACAAGAGGUCGCGUAUCAUAUCAAUUUGGCUUCAGCCGGCUUGAAACAUCCUCUCCCUCUCGUUCAGCUCGGAGGAUUCUCAGCCUUGACGGUUCACAGCUGCGGACAACCUCGUGAGCCCCUCAGCCCUGCUUUCGGAGGUCCGAAUUCAUGCAAAAUAUCACAACAACCUCUUGCCAAAGGGCUCUUCGCUGAUCCCUCAGAUGAUCACGACUGCACGUAUAUAUUCUCUCCUCACCUUUUGGCACCGCGUAUGGCUGACGAGCUCGGAUAUCAGCAAGUCCUCGACAACAACCCGAAUUACAAUCAGACGGUAGUAUCUUCGCCAGACAUGCACCCCCUCAGUGCGCAAUGUCAGCUGCGCGUAGUCUACGCACUCAUCGCAUCCGCUGCAGCCUCACUUGCUCUUCGGAGGCUCGGCGCAGUUGCACGCCGGGUAGGUGCACGAGCCGCCGUUGGCCUGGACGUUGGCGCACUUCACGGUUUCCUACGUACGAGGCAUCAGGAUGCAAAGGAAAUGAAAGAGACCGAGUCAUAUGAUUGCUCAUCAUCCAAUGGUAGUGCUUAUGUUCGUUUGGUAGAACGCCUGAGGCAGCUGGAGUGGGUCGAUGGUAUCAGUAGAAGAUUGCGUCUUCGAAUGGAUUCCCAGCUGUCGGAUAACUGUAUACGAGCCAACCAGCCUCCAGAAAUAACGCAUCUCUUGUAUGGUACGAGCUAUCCACAACCUGGGGGUCGCAUACCUCAUAUAAAGGCCCUCAGGCCACCCGGAUUCCUUCAGUCUACGACCACACAAUCCACUGCAACACCAUGUCUGAUACAGUCAAGUGCGCUAACGUUCAGGCUAACGGCGGCUCAUGCACCUACCCAGCCUGCAAUUGCGCGGAGCCGCCGAAGAGCAAAUAGGCGGGUCUCCGGCGGCGUCCUGCUCAAUGUGACACCUAGACCUCCGACCCUGGGCACCUACCUCUCGAUCGAUCUCGCACUGCCCAUAUGGAUGGAGUAUUACGCCAGACGCAAUGAUACAAGUGGACGCCGUAUGGUAGCGCAGCUAGCUGGUCUACAGACGACACAAUAA